GGGGGGGCUGCGGCUGCCACGUUGGAGCGGAGCGUGGAGGUGGCCCUCGGCCGCGGAGGAGGGGCUGCAGCGGCGGAUGCGGGGAGAGUCCGACGGUCGCUGGCUAACGCAGGACAGACAGGUCGCCGAGGUCCGCCAGAAUGAAGUUAAAGGAAAUAGAUCGUACAGCUAUGCAGGCAUGGAGCCCUGCCCAGAGCCAUCCCAUUUACUUAGCCACAGGAACAUCUGCUCAGCAGUUGGAUGCCACGUUUAGUACCAGUGCUUCCCUGGAGAUAUUUGAACUAGACCUUUCAGACCCAUCCUUGGACAUGAAGUCUUGUGCUACUUUCUCCUCCUCUCACAGGUACCACAAGUUGAUCUGGGGACCUCAUAAGAUGGAUUCCAAAGGAAAUAUUUCUGGAGUUCUGAUUGCAGGUGGAGAAAAUGGAAACAUUAUUCUUUAUGAUCCUUCUAAAAUCAUAGCUGGAGACGAGGAAGUCGUGAUUGCACAGAAGGACAAGCAUACUGGGCCUGUGAGAGCCUUGGAUGUAAACAUUUUCCAGACCAAUUUGGUGGCCUCUGGUGCUAAUGAAUCUGAAAUCUACAUUUGGGAUCUAAACAAUUUUGCAACUCCAAUGACACCAGGAGCCAAAACACAGCCACCCGAAGACAUCAGCUGCAUUGCGUGGAACAGACAAGUUCAGCAUAUUUUAGCAUCAGCCAGUCCUAGUGGCCGGGCAACUGUGUGGGAUCUUAGAAAAAACGAGCCGAUCAUCAAAGUCAGUGACCACAGUAACAGGAUGCACUGCUCUGGGCUGGCGUGGCACCCUGAUGUGGCUACGCAGAUGGUCCUGGCCUCUGAGGAUGACCGGUUACCAGUGAUCCAGAUGUGGGAUCUCCGAUUUGCCUCCUCUCCUCUUCGAGUUCUGGAAAACCAUGCUAGGUAUUAUAUGAACUUCCCACCAACACACAGUGGUGCUUUGAUAUCCAGUGGUGUCCUCGAAAUCCUGCUGUUCUAUCAGCUGCUUCCUUUGAUGGACGGAUCAAUGUUUAUUCUAUCAUGGGAGGGAGCAUAGACGGUUUAAGGCAGAAACAAGUUGACAAGCUUUCAUCAUCUUUUGGGAAUCUUGAUCCCUUUGGCACAGGACAGCCCCUUCCUCCACUACAAAUUCCACAGCAGACUGCUCAGCACAGCAUAGUGCUACCCCUGAAGAAGCCACCCAAGUGGAUCCGAAGGCCUGUUGGUGCUUCCUUCUCAUUUGGAGGGAAACUGGUGACUUUUGAGAAUGUUAAAGUGCAGCCUCAGCAUGCCGCUGAGCAGCAGCAACAGCGGCAGCAUGUGUUCAUCAGUCAGGUGGUGACAGAAAAGGACUUUCUCAGCCGCUCGGAGCAGCUGCAGCAGGUUGUGCAGUCCCAGGGCUUUGUCAGUUACUGCCAGAGAAAGAUUGAUGCUUCUCAGACUGAGUUUGAGAAAAACGUCUGGUCCUUUUUGAAGGUCAACUUUGAGGAGGAUUCUCGAGGGAAAUACCUGGAGCUUCUCGGAUACAGAAGAGAAGACCUGGGGAAAAAGAUUGCUCUGGCCUUGGACAGAGUGGAUGGAUCCGACGUGGCUCUUAAAGACCCUGACCAAGUAGCACAGAGUGAUGGGGAGGAGAGCCCUGCUGCUGAGGAGCAGCUCUUGGGAGAGCGAAUUAAAGAGGAAAAACAGGAGUCCGACUUUGCGCCCUCAGCUGGAGGGACAUUCAACAUCUCCGUCAGUGGGGAUAUUGAUGGAUUAAUUACUCGGGCUUUGCUGACGGGCAAUUUUGAGAGUGCAGUUGACCUUUGCUUACAUGAUAACCGAAUGGCUGAUGCUAUUAUAUUAGCCAUAGCAGGUGGACAAGAACUUUUGGCUCAAACACAGAAAAAGUACUUUGCAAAAUCUCAAAGCAAAAUUACCAGGCUCAUCACCGCUGUGGUGAUGAAGAACUGGAAGGAGAUUGUGGAGUCCUGUGAUCUUAAAAACUGGAGAGAGGCCUUAGCUGCAGUGUUGACUUAUGCUAAGCCAGAUGAAUUCUCAGCCCUGUGUGAUCUCCUGGGAGCCAGGCUUGAGAGUGAAGGAGAUAGCCUCCUGCAGACACAAGCGUGCCUCUGCUAUAUUUGUGCAGGGAAUGUAGAAAAACUGGUUGCCUGUUGGACAAAAGCUCAAGAUGGUAGCAAUCCCUUGUCUCUUCAGGAUCUGAUUGAGAAAGUUGUCAUCCUCCGAAAAGCUGUGCAGCUCACCCAAGCCAUGGACAUGAAUACAGUAGGAGCUCUCUUGGCUGAGAAGAUGAGUCAGUAUGCCAGUUUGUUGGCAGCUCAAGGGAGCAUUGCCGCAGCCUUGGCGUUUCUGCCUGACAACACUAACCAGCCAAAUAUUGUGCAGCUGCGUGACAGACUCUGCAGAGCACAAGGGAAGCCUGUGCCAGGACAGGAAUCAUCUAAAAGCCCUUAUGAGAGGCAGCCGCUGUCCAAGGGCAGACCUGGACCAAGUGCUGGCCACCCGCAGAUGCCCAGAGUUCAGACACAGCAAUAUUAUCCCCAUGUUAGAGUUGCCCCUACUGUCACUACCUGGAGUAACAAAACUCCUACUGCCCUUCCCAGCCAUCCACCUGCAGCCUCUCCCUCUGACACACAGGGAGAAAACCCUCCGCCUCCAGGUUUCAUAAUGCAUGGCAAUGUUAAUCCAAACACCGCUGCUCCGCCGCCUCCAUCUCCUGGACAUAUGCACAACCAGCUACCACCUUACCCACAGCCGCAGCCUUACCAGCCAGCCCAGCAGUAUUCCUUCGGAACAGGGGGGUCAGCAGCUUACCGACCUCAGCAGCCUGUUGCUCCUCCUGCCUCUAACGCUUACCCUAACCCCCAGUACAUAUCCCCUGCCACUUCCUACUCCGGGCAGCCCCAGAUGUACACAGCCCAGCAAGCCUCCUCACCUACCUCCAACUCUGCUGCUUCUUUCCCUCCUCCCCCUUCCUCUGGAGCGUCCUUCCAGCAUGGCGGACCAGGAGCUCCACCAUCAUCUUCAGCUUAUGCACUGCCCCCUGGAACAACAGGUACAACGCCUGCUGCCAGUGAGCUGCCUGCGUCCCAAAGAACAGGUCCUCAGAAUGGUUGGAAUGACCCCCCAGCUUUGAACAGAGUACCGAAGAAGAAGAAGAUGCCUGAGAACUUCAUGCCUCCUGUUCCCAUUACAUCACCAAUCAUGAACCCUGCUGGUGACCCCCAGUCACAGAUGCUGCAGCAGCAACCGUCAGCUCCAGGGCCGUUGUCAAGCCAGGCCUCCUUCCCACAGCCACACCUUGUGGGUGGCCAGCCCUUCCAUGGUGUACAGCAACCUCUUGGUCAAACAGGCAUGCCACCAUCUUUCUCAAAGCCCAACAUCGAGGGAGCCCCGGGAGCUCCUAUUGGAAACACCAUCCAGCACGUGCAGGCUAUGCCAACAGAAAAGAUUACCAAGAAACCUAUUCCAGAUGAGCACCUCAUUCUAAAGACCACGUUUGAGGAUCUUAUCCAGCGCUGCCUCUCUUCAGCCACAGACCCCCAAACCAAGAGGAAGCUCGAUGAUGCCAGCAAACGCCUGGAGUUUCUGUACGACAAACUUAGGGAACAGACACUUUCCCCAACCAUCAUCAAUGGCCUACACAGCAUUGCGAGGAGCAUUGAGACCAGGAACUACUCUGAAGGGUUAACCGUCCACACCCACAUCGUCAGCAACAGCAACUUCAGUGAGACGUCCGCAUUCAUGCCGGUCCUCAAGGUUGUUCUCAGUCAGGCCAGUAAGCUGGGCGUCUGAGAACAGCUGCACUGUCAGCUAACAUUGCCACUUCUCCAAAGAAAGCUAUGCUAAGACUGGACCAACCCCUCAUUAGCACGUUUCCAUGGCAGCCACCCAGGAGCUUUGACAUCAUUUCUGCAGGUACCCUCACCCUAGAACUGCUUGAACCCUGGUGCUUUCUUUUGUUUUAAUCUUCUGUUGCCCAUUAUGAUUUUCUGCAAAUAGUGUCUUUCCUGGAUUACACGUAGUGUGGUUUCCCGAGGGACUCUGACAAAAAGUGGCUUUUAAAACUUUUUAGAGAAAUUGCAUCAGGCUGUGUAUGAAAUGGACUUAAAACUAAAUUUCUUUGAUGUCUUCCCUACUUUCUCCACGUCAAUCAGAUUAAAGUGUGUAAUCCUA